AUGUUUUGAAUGUUACCAAAGUGUCAAGAGACGUCAUACAGCAUAUUUUUCCAAAGCAAUUUGGACUUCGUAACGUGUUUGAUCAUGACAAGAAUGGGCAGCCAAGCGUGCAGUCGUUAUUUCGAUUGUAUCAAAAUCGCAUUACUGAGAUUCAGAAAUUUAAUGUUGAUAUGCCAUCUCGAUUGAUUCAAGUGCUUCCCAUGAUAAACCAAAUUAUUUCACGACAUAAAAAAUGUGGAUACACAAGCCUACUCAAGCGUUAUUGCCCUGUGAUGGAGCAAAACAGGUUAUCCGCUCCUUCUACAGAUGAUAAUUCUUAUAUCCAGGAUUUCAACUCCAAUUCAAAUAUAUAUCGGGGCAACAAAAAUAACAAAGUCGAAGCUGAUAAAAGAUCCGAACUUUUAUAUGAAUUUAUUUGGUGGAUAUUUGAUUGUUUUGUUAUUCCACUACUUCAAGUAAGAGAAAUUCGAAUUCUUGAUAUCUGGUUACGAAUUGAAAAAUAUAAUAUAGAAUCUUUACCAGCGAGCACCUUCGAAGAAGUUCCCAAAGAAACUGAAAACCAGUUUUUAGAUAAUAGUAUUUUGGGAUAUUCUACUGUUCGAUUUCUUCCAAAAGGAUCAAAUGGAACAAUGCGACGCAUUAUCAAUCUGAGUAGAGUGCAAACGAUUUAA